AAAUCUCGGUAGGUUUUUGCUUUGCUUUUAUUUUUACAUUAAAACAUGCGCACACUCAGGUGUAUAAACCACCUGUAUCGUCUCAAAAUAAAAAUUACUUUCACAUUCAGUCGUUCAUGAGUGCAGAUUCGAAGUCAAUGACCAUACCACAAAUAUGUUGCUUUUUACAGUUUUGUGUCAAGUCUGUAACAGUUUUACAUCGUCAAAGAAUGUAGAAUCUUAUUAUAUUUUUUGUUAUAAACUGUAGCCGAAUAUUAUUUUUAUAAAUGUGCACGAUUUUUUUAAUUUAGUGAUUUAAUUGAAUAUAAAAUGAGUGUGAACGUUGCAGCUGAAGAAAAAAUUAACAGAAAAAUGCACGAAUUAUUUAUGCAAGUUUUGAAAAAUCGGGAUCUCUCUCGAGCCGGUGACCUUUUUUCAAUCCCCGAUCAUAUUAUUGUCAAUGAUUUGUCCAUUGUGUUGAAAGAAAUAACUAUAAUUGCAUCUCUGCCUGAUUAUGUUAAUAAUGAUAAUGAUCAAAGUGUGGUAGAAAUAUGUGUAACCAGAGUUACUUCUUGUAUAAGAGAAACAGGAAGUGUUGAAUUACACUGUGAGGCUCUUGUUAAUCUGUUGGAAUCUUGCCUACAUCACAAUUUACAAGCCAUGGCAAGAGAUGAAGACACUCCACAUGCUAAAAUAUCAUCUGAUAUCAUUUCCUGUAUUUUUUUGAACUAUACGAAAAAGGCUGUAAUGCAACGAGCUUUGCCUGUUGCAGUAAAAUUUUUACAUAAGGGUAAUAAAGAAUUAUCAAGAAAUAUGGCUUCUUAUUUAUCUUUAGCAGCUAUGGAACAUGCUUCUUUACUUACCCCUCAUGUACAACCUAUUAUGGAUUCUAUAAUAUCAGGCAAUUAUCCAUUAUGUAGAGUUCUUCCAAAUAUUUAUGAAGUAUCUCCAGAACCUUUUCAAGGUCAUGCGAUGGCUUUGGUUUCACUGCUUCCGCACUGUGAUAACCAAGAAAAAUUAGCGUUGUUGAAUUUAUUUACUUCAAUGGCAAAAGACAAUCCCACAUUAUUAGAAGCGAGCGUUCCUCAAUUGUGUGAAUAUUUAAGUAGUCCAGUAACUGUGGGACCAACAUUAGAAGUUUUUGUUCACAUGGCCGAAAGAAUACCAACACUGUUGGUUGAUCAUGUAAACGCCGUAAAACAAUCAGCUCAAAAACAUCCGCAAACCGUUUGUGCAGCGGCUCAAAUCAUCAGUGCCGUUGGAAAACUGAGCAAGGAUAGAGCUCAAGACGCUUUGAAUUUUGUUCUCGAAUAUUUCCCCAAAGCUGAUAGAAGUUCUCAAACCUCGUUACUAAGACAAGCGACUUUAUUAUGCAGCUCUUAUCCAGUUCUUUUUACCGAUAAAGUUUUGUUAGGAAUAAGAUCCAGACAUCACACCAGUACAAAUCAGAUUAGUCAAAGUACUACGCCGACCACUCAAAGCCAAGUGACUUCUGGAGGAGUGACAAUUGUGAAAGUCGGCGGGGUACAUACGACUACGCCAACUCCAUCUGGCGGGUAUACGCGUCGUGCUAAAUUAGGCGAUUCGAGGAGUACGGGAAGAUUACAUACCGCUCCUAGUAUUAAUACAAACAGAAGUAUGACUAAACUUAAUAUAGCUGGAGGCUCUGUAGGAGGACUCCACAAAAGUAUGACAGGCCUAAGUUCUUCUCAACACAUUAACGCUACUCCUGUACCUCCGCUGGCGAAUAGUGUUACUGUGACCGGAGUAAAUAAAUGGACUGGGCCAAAUGUUCGGGUAUCUAGCGGAGGUGUAACAGUCACUACUAUUUCACCACCUAGAAUGCAGAGACCUUUAAGUCAAGGUCCUUUGGCGUUUAUUGGAACCCACCCCACUCAGAUUUCUGGUAGUCCUUUAGUUUUGACUUCACCUUCCCUCCAUUCCAAUAACGCAGUUGUCGUUAGUUCGGGUUAUACGGGACCAAUAUCCAGUGGACAAGUAUCCGUGGUGAGCAGUUCUGUAGCCCAAACUAUACCUAUAGGUAAUAGUAUAGUCCAUACCCCACCACCAAUGCCGGCUAUUGAUCACACGAACUCGAAUAGCGUUGCUAUAUCUGGUAGCGUCAACGUCAGUGGUCCCACUACGGUAAUAUCACGUCGGAAUAAUACCAGUGUUACAUUAAUAAAUCAAAAUUCGGUGGCUAAUCAAAGAAUGAGCGUUUUCGAACCGUACCCCAUGAGGGAUACCAUACAACAUUUUUGCGAAAAACAUCUCGAUAAAAUUAAGAGUUAUAUGGAAAAAGUUUCUAUUAGAAUCCCAUCACCGGCUAAAUGUACUAUUGAAGAAAAGAGACAGAAAAAGUCUGCUAAAUUACAUUUCGCUUGUCAAGCUCGAGGGCAGCACUGUCUCUAUUCUAAAACCUAUUUUACUAUGAGAACUCGUAAUCCACGGAUUUGGAUACAUUUAAUGUUCAUAUCGUUACAGGCACGUAAUUCACAUGCUUUAAGCUCUAGAGACGCCCAAGUAGCUUCGUUAAAACACUGUUGGGACAUUUUGAAAUGUGAAAACAAAACAUUCCUAACGGUAGUGACUAGUGCUUUUCCUUGUGCAAAAGACCAAGAUUCCAUCCUUAACGAAUUACGCCACUCUGGUUAUUUCGACGUAUUUCAAGUAUGCCCUUCGAGUAUACUACCUUCUGAAGCUCCAGACUCUUUAGGAAUUGGUGGUGUAAUUUGGGGAUGUUUUUUAUGUGCCCAUCCCGAAAAAGCAGUUGGGUUCCUAAGAGGAGAUACAAGACCAGUCAUUGAAGGCCAAUUGAAAGAGAAAAAAGGAAAAUGGAGGUUAUUUAGGCGAUGGAGAACUAGGUAUUUUACAUUGUCUGGAGCGCAUCUGAGUUGUAGAGGAUCGAGUGGCGGUGAAUCAAUCGAUGUAAAUCAAAUAAGAUCAGUGAAAGUGUCACGGGGCGCUAGAAAUAUUCCAAAAGCCUUCGAAAUUUUCACGGAAAAUCAGACUUUAAUUUUAAAACCUAAGGAUGGAAAAAAUGCCGAAGAGUGGGUCCAAUGUUUGAGCAUAGUUGUUGCACAUUCUCACGCCAAAGAAUUGCCUAAUAAGAGCAAUUCUUUACCAGCAAGAGGUAUUAGCUCUAGUCGAACUGUUGUGUGAUUGAUUUAAUUUUUUUAAAUCUUUUUUUUUUCUUUAUCGGUGGAAUUGAAUCUAGUACAAAUCUAUUCCUCAACAGUAAUGUUAUAUGCUCAAAUAAUGUACGAAAAAUACGAUUCUGUUCAUCUGUAUAAUUUCAUAUAUCGUUUUAUUGGGGUACAUAAAUUGAGUACAAAAUUUACUUCUAUAAAACGCCAAAUUUUUCUAUUUUUUUAUCAAAGUAUUGGAUUAAAAUGACUUUAAUAAUCAGGUGCAUUUAUGUAAAAUUUUGAUCUCGUCAAUCGAUUAUUCUUUCCAUAUAAAUGAAGAAACUAAACAGACUUUCACUUGCAUUUUUUUGUGUUGUAAUCUUGUAGCGUAAACAAUAUUUUUAUUUAUCUUCCUACCACUUAUUUAUUUUUUUCUUAUGUCAAUUGAACUUUCACAUUUAAGUCAAAAGCUCAAUGUAUGACCAUAAAAUAGUUAUUUUCCUAACAAGUGCGGAAAGUGAUACUUUCCCGCAAGCGACUGCAGUUGUCCCGAACGACGCGGAGCGGAGUUCGGACAAGCAGUCAAGUGCGAAAAGACACUUUACGCAUUAGUUAGGAACAUUAUUUUUUCUACGACCGUAUAUACAACGACCCAUUUUUCAAAAAUUAUUUUAUUCCAACAAACAUAAUAAUAUACAAAACUUUAACUAAAAACUACUAAGUAUUAUAAAUCUUAAUAUUGAAAACACAAUUUGUUGCAUUCUGUAGACUAGUAAGAAUUGCCGGUCCAAUGGAGUUAUUUGGUUUAAUGUGGUUUAAUUUAGAAGAAGAUUGUACUUAUUCGGUCACUUCCCAGACGUUUUGAACAACUUUGACGUUUUAGUAACAAUUACACGCCUAGGUUGUCAUAGCAACUGCUAUCAAACCCGGGUGGUUUGAUAGCAGUUGCACUCCUUUGAAGAAUGUACAAGGUUAUUUAAAAAAUAUCUUCAUUAUUUUAUAUUUUCAAAAAAUUAAAAAUGCUACAAAAAUUUUAUUAAAUGAUUAAAUUUUAUUUGGACUAUUUCGUGAAUAUUUAUUUACCUGUAGUAACAAUAGUUAUAACCACCGAAGUAAAAAACUAUCUAAUAAGGUUAAAAUAUGCAUAAUUUUACUUUCCCGCACUAGUGCGGGAAAGUGACACUUUCAAAGCUAAAAUGCGUGCGGGGAAGUGGGUUAAAGCGCACGGUCGUAGAAAAAGACUAUAUUCUUUAUGAUAGUGACUUUUCCUUCAAGGUACAUAUGAACUACUAAUAUUUUCAAUAUAAAUGUAAAUAUGUUGAACAAAACUUUUUAUACAAUUUCAAAAUGCUUUUUACAAUGAUCUGAAUUAAUAUAAGUCGAUUAUUUUUAGAUCUAAAUUUGUAUGUGUAUAUUUUUUAUACUCACUUUUUUACACAUUGUUUUGUUUAUAACUACAUUCCAACUUUUUAAAGAUAUUUUAUAUGAUUGUUACACAAUAAAGGUUUUUAUAAUUAUA